UUUAAAAGACACCACUAAGAUGAGAGCGGCUCACAUAAUCUUCCUGCAUCUGACCCCAUCACUGCUCUUCUCCAGCGAGGGUGCUGCUUAGCCAAACCUGCAAAAUGUGCAACAAAUUUGUGGGGUCCUGGAAACUGGUCUCUAGUGAAAACUUUGAUGAUUACAUGAAAGAACUGGGUGUGGGGCUGGCUACUCGGAAACUUGGCAGCCUGGCAAGGCCUAAGGUCAUAAUCAGCAUGAAGGGUGAUGUGGUAACCAUCCGAACAGAAAGCGCCUUCAAAAACACAGAGAUCACUUUUAAGUUGGGCCAGGAAUUUGAAGAAACCACUGCUGAUAACAGGAAAACCAAGACAAUCAUAACCUUAGACAAAGGUUCAUUGGUUCAAGUACAGAAGUGGAAUGGCAAGGAGUCAACCAUAAGAAGAAAACUAGUUGAUGGGAAAAUGGUGGUGGAAUGCAUCAUGAAAGGAGUCACCUGCAGACGAGUCUAUGAGAGAAUGUGAGGAAUCUCCCUGUGUCCAGUAGAUUAAAUUUAGGUCCUCAGAACCAUAUUAUUUCUGUGGAGAAAAUAAGAUCAUCCAUUCUUUUGUCUCUCUUACCUUGUUUUACUAAGAGGCAUCUAUGCUAUAAACAUGUAUUUCAAAACUCACUGUACAAGUAGUGUGAGAGUAUUUGUGAUUCACUAAAUGCUUACCAAUGUAAGAA